AUGGUGAAAUGUCUGCUAAUAAUUGUUGUCAUUGUGAUAACUUUGCGCACAGCAGUUGUUGUAGAUGCCGAUAUAGGAGCAUGCUACGGAACCCUCGGCGACAACCUACCGCCACCGAACGAGGUUAUCGAGCUUUGCCGAGAAAACAACAUUCGAAAGCUCCGUCUCUACAACCCUAACCCGUCGGUCCUCGCGGCCCUACAAAGCCACGGUGACAUCUCGGUCACGGUAGGCGUCCCGAACGAGGAAAUCACCGGCAUUUCCCAAAACGCCCCUCUCGCCAAGUCGUGGGUCGAGGCUAACAUCCUCAACUACCCGGGCGUCAACUUCCGGUACAUUGCCGUCGGGAACGAGAUUAGCCCGGCGGACCCCGCGACUGCAGACAUCGCCCCCCACGUGGGCCCCGCCAUGAAAAACAUACACGACGAGCUCGCGUCGACAGGGCUCGACUCGAAAGUCAAGGUCUCGACUUCCCUAAGCAUGCAAGUGCUCGGGCAAUCCUACCCGCCGUCUGCCGGGGAAUUUCGGGCAGACGUACGGCCAGAAUUCAUUGACCCAAUUAUCGAAUUCCUAGUCGCGACGCAAAGCCCUUUGCUCGUCAAUGUGUACCCGUACUUUGCGUACGUCGGCAACACGGAGGAUAUUAAUCUCGAUUUCGCCCUCUUCACGUCUACAUCGGUUGUGAUAAAGGACGGGUCGUACGAGUAUUGGAACUUGUUCGAUGCCAUGGUCGAUGCGAUUCGCGCGGCCUUGGAGAAGGCGGGAGGGGCAAGUUUGGAAAUUGUGGUGUCGGAGACAGGCUGGCCGACGGCAGGUGGGACCGCGACAAGUGUAGAGAACGCGUGUACGUAUAACUCGAAUUUGGUGGAGAGUGUUGAGAAUGGGACUCCGAGAAAGCCCAGGAUAGCUAUAGAGACUUACAUAUUUGAUUUGAUUGAUGAGGAUCAAAAGAGCCCCGAGCUAGAGAAGCAUUGGGGAUUGUUUCUUUCUAACAAGCAGCCUAAAUAUCCACUCUCGUCUGAGAGUUCUUGA